AUGCUUGGCGGCGAUGCACUAUUAAAUCUUCAACAACUGGUAGAGAAUUAUGCAGAAAAUAUCAUAAACUUGAUUUCGUCCUCUUUGCAUAAACUUACGGAAACAUGCAGUGAUGUUGCAGAAUUUUACUCCAAUCCCCAAAACUGGGGUUCCUUCAAUUGUAUAUCUCGGCUUGACGAAGGCCUCGCACAACUACCCAAUACUGCAAUUUCCGACAUCAUUGAACAUAUCAACAUGGAAACUUCCAGGCAGCUGCUUCAAGUUGCUCUCAACGAUGUUAAUAAUGCUGAACGAGAUAUUGAGCAUUUCACGAAAAGCAUUCAAGAUAUUCAAAAUGCCUCACUUAACCGUCUACUUCAAUUCCGGCAUCGUGAGGCUCUUCAAAUCAUUCCACUAGGCAGACUGCGCUCCUGGGCAUGUGAUGUGAUGAAGGCGGGACGUCGGAGUUUGGGCGAGGGUGGAUCGACGAUAUACGCAUCAGUGGCAAGGUGCGCUCGUCUUCGCAGGCGCUUCUCGCGCCUUUUCUCCCUCGCUCGCGCCGCCCACGCCCUCAUUCAGCGUCUGGCCGAACUUCAACACCCCGAACUUGCCUGUCUGGAGCAGGAUCUUAUGCGCAUUCGCCUCCAGCUAACUCUCCGGCUUAAGCAAAAUGGCCACGAAGCUGUUGGGCCAGAUGGGGACACGGAUGCCCCUGCCCUCUGUAGUAAUACGGAACAAUUGUUCAAACGGUUUAAAAACGUGGGUUCGACUGCAGCUUCCAGUGUUAUCUACGGAAAGAUCUACGAAAGUCUUCAACGCCUUGCAGAAAACAUGUCAGACUUGAUUAUGGUUCUAUCACAAGAAACCUCGGGUGAGUUCCUCUCUAUCCACGCAGACCGUCGCUCUUUAGGUCUUUCAACGAUAAUCAACAUCGACGAGCCUUUCAAUCGUGAGGACUUGCAAGCACUCGUGGAACGCUCGCUUGAGAGUUUUUGCAACUUCUACAUCACAUCGGUUGCACCAGAUGUGAGUCCACAUGAGGCGGAUGCCCUCCUGGCCCAACUCUCCCGUUCCGAUGAAGAGCUGGAGGAAAUAUCACAAUCCGAUACAGAAUGCAUGAUGGAUGCGUUUGAUAUUUUUGAUUCCUUCAUCGAGCAAAAUACGCCGCCGUCCCGACCAAAAGAGGAGGCUGCAGCGGGUGCAAAAGAUGAUAUCUCCACUCCUACAUCUCGCUCUCCGUCUCCUGCUGAUAUGGAUAUCGAAAGUAUUCCAGCAGAAGCUGAUAACUCCAUAACCGAAAAUGUUGCUAAUGAGUCUGGACACUCCGAUGAACCCUGCGAUGAUGCUACACUCAAUCAGCCAUCAGGACCUGAAGGCGCUCCACUUCCCCAAUCGCCUUCCGUAGAAAAUGGAGAGGUUGACUUGUGUGGCAAGGACGCAGUGGAGGAAUCAGAACAGGAGGAAGGGGAAAUAGUUGAUGACGACAACACACAUCAAGAUGCGGAGCCACUGGAAGAGGGAGAGGAGGAUGACAGUGGAGGCGACAUCGACCAGACUGAAGAGGCCAUCAUGCGUGAAUGGGCUCCUGUGGCGGAAAGCAAGGCUCGCACAAAGUUGGCAUACACGGUGGCAGUACAGAAGGCACUGAACGACGCAAUGAAAUCUUGUCGGCGCGAACUCUCCGUGGUUGUUGCUCUCGGAGCCUUCAGUGGGAAUUCUGGGCGGAGCACUGUAGCGGAGAUGAGCACCAGCACGCCUUCCGCCACUGCCACCGCCAAAUCGGUCGAGCGUGGCAUUCGCAACGCUGUGGCUCGCUCCCAUGUAAGCCUCACUCUGUUGUCUAGCCGCCGCAGCGCUCCUGUAGCACCUCCCUCCUAUAGCCGGGCAGCGAUGCUGAAUAUCCGCGAAAAGAUCCAAUCUUCUCUGCUGCGCCAGAAGCAGAGCAAGCAGGCUAUUUUUCGGAAAGAGCUGAACUCUCUGCUUGAACAGUCAAUGGUAUCGGCAUCGGCAGGGAUGACCAAGCUGACCUCCUUUUGA